AUGCUCUCCACUCUACUCCUUGCUGUGGUACCUGUGGGAUUUCUUCUCCUCAUCACGGGAUUAGUGAUUCUCAUGAAAUGGAACGAAGCAAAAGCUCUUUCCAAACUGCAAGUCGUUCCUCAUCACUCUCAAGCCACCAUGAACAGUGUGGCAACGUCUCCUCCUAAUCAUGAUGAUAAUGAUCAAGCAUCCACUCAAGUAAAUGCGGACUCUCUGGAUACACCCAGUGUUGUUCGCACGACGACUAGUGGUAGUACAACAACAUUUCAAGAAGAAAAUGAAACUUGUGAAAAGAAGAAGAAGAAAAUUCUCUAUGAAGCACCUGAACCUGUUCCUGUGAAACAACUCGUUCAUUUCAAUGCAUUACAAACAGCGUACAUGACUUUUAAAAAGAAAAAUCAACGAUCGGUACAACUCUAUGAAUCUGCUUUUCGUACCAAUGACUUUCGUCCAGUGUUGACUUUUUUUGGUAAAGUUCCAAUUAUGCAUUUUGCAAGUCCGAGUGCAGCUCGUGUCUUUUUUAUGAAAUGGAAGGAAUUGGAGAAGGAUAAUGCCAUCAUCUUUGGUAAAGAUUUUCACAAAUUUGUUGGAAUUAAUGUUGUUUUUGCGAACGGAGAUGUUUGGCGGAGACAACGUUCCGUGAUUACUCCGGCCUUUAAUGAAAUUGAGAGAUUUAUGGAUGUGUUUGUGGAUAAGGCUCAAAAAUCGGUAUCGUUAUUGGAAGACAUGUUUCAAGAAAAAGGAAUGAAUGAAUUGCUCAUUUCUCCACUCGAUGUGACCACUCGUCUCGCGUUGGACGUAUUGGGACAAACAAUUUUCGAUGUGAAUUUUGACUACUUGUCUCAAAUUAUUGAAGGACCAAAUUCACACGCUGUAAAAUCUCAGAAAAAACAACAAGCUCUUGAGGCGUAUCAUCAUGUCAUGUGUAACUUGUUGAAUCCUGAGAGAAUUAUUCUCGGAAAAGCGUUUACUUCACUUCCAUUGGAAACAAAUCGUAAAAUGGAGAAUGCCAUUCAAACAUUUAGAAAUUUCUUGGAAGAUUUGAUUGUAGAAUUUAGAAAUAGAAAGCAAGAGGAACAAGUGUAUAAGGACGCCAAGCAGAAAACACUUUUGGAACUCAUGGUAGAAGCUGUGGAUGAGGAAGGAGCUGCUUUAACCAAUGAAGAAUUGAAAAAUCAAUGUGCAAUAUUCUUCUUGGCAGGUCAUGAAACCACUGCAAGUGCAAUGGCUUCUCUAUUUUAUUCACUCGCCAAAUAUCCUCAUGUCCAAGAAAAAUUAUUAGAAGAAAUUUCCAACACAUUUUCACACGACGAAAACAUUUCCAAUUAUACCAAACUUCAAAAUAUGAAUUACUUGGAUUGUGUCCUGAAAGAAAAUAUGAGAUUAUUCCCACCCAUUACUCAAUUACCUCUUCGUGUGCUCAAUUCGAGUCAGAUCAUUGAAGGAUAUAAGCUUCCAAAAGGAUUUGUUGUUGCUCUCAACAUUUUUGCCUUACAUCGAAAUACUCAGGUAUGGGGACAAGAUGCUGAGGUGUUCAGACCAGAGAGAUUUAUGGAAAAUUUGUAUCCACCUUUUUCAUUGGCCUAUUUUGGUGGAGGACCAAGAUUGUGUUUGGGAAAACAAUUUUCAUUGCUUGAGCAAAAAUCAUUUAUCAUUUCUCUUUUACAACGCUUUAAAAUUGAAUUGAGCUACCCUGAUCAAGUCAUGAGUUUUAACAAGACCCAACCUGGUCUUGCUCAUGAAGAAGGUUUCAAACUCAAGCUUGUGAAAAGAAAAUUGUAG